CUCAUUUCUGUCUUCACAGAGUGCAGCACUUUACCACGGGUGUGGUAGACGUCUGUGAGUCAGCAUUGGCUUAAGGAACAGUUGAAACGUUGAGGUACAUAUUUCUCAGAAACAAAAAUGGCAUCUCGUAAGACAACUAGUCGUCGUACUACCACCAAGAAACGUGCACAGCGAGCAACCUCCAAUGUUUUUGCAAUGUUUGAUCAAGCCCAGAUUCAGGAAUUCAAGGAAGCUUUUAAUAUGAUAGAUCAGAAUAGAGAUGGCUUUGUGGAUAAGGAAGAUCUGCAUGAUAUGUUGGCUUCUCUAGGAAAGAACCCAACAGAUGAUUAUUUGGAAGGGAUGAUGAAUGAAGCACCAGGUCCCAUCAACUUUACUAUGUUCCUUACGUUAUUUGGGGAGCGGCUGCAAGGCACAGAUCCUGAGGAUGUUAUAAAAAAUGCUUUUGGUUGCUUUGAUGAAGAAAAUAAAGGUGUGAUCAAUGAGGAGAGAUUGCGAGAGCUGCUGACAUCUAUGGGUGAUCGAUUCACUGAUGAGGAGGUGGAUGAAAUGUACAGGGAAGCCCCCAUCAAGCACAGCAUGUUUGACUAUAUUGAAUUUACGCGCAUUUUGAAACAUGGUGCCAAGGACAAGGAUGACCAGUGAUUACUGUGUCAUGCGUCUAGAGGAUGUGCCUUAUCUGUACCACAAAACCUUUGUGCAAAAAGGAGAUAACCUCAAAAUGGCAAAAUCUUCUUUAUUAUUAAAA